GAGCUCAUUCAGCGGUCGGGAGCUGCCGGCGAGGGGGAGCGGCAGGACAUAGAGCGCGACCCGUCCCGGGGGUGGGGCCGGGCGAAGUGGCGAGAGGAGGCGAAGGUGGCCGCGGCCGCUGCAGCACGGCAGGCAGCCUCAGACCCGGCCCGGAGCGCACGGCGGCCGCUGCAGGUCCCUGCUCCCCUCUCCGUGCGCCCGCCCAUGGCGGCCGCCGGGCAGCUAUGCCUGCUCUACCUGUCGGCGGGGCUCCUGCCCCAGCUCGGCGCAGCCUUCAACUUGGACACCCGCGAGGACAAUGUGAUCCGGAAAUCUGGGGAUCGCGGGAGCCUCUUCGGCUUCUCGUUGGCCAUGCACUGGCAGCUACAGCCAGAGGACAAGCGGCUGUUGCUGGUGGGAGCACCUCGGGCAGAAGCCCUCCCGCUGCAGAGGGCCAACAGGACUGGAGGCCUGUACAGCUGUGACAUCACCUCCCGAGGACCUUGCACUCGGAUUGAAUUUGAUAACGAUGCUGACCCUACCUCAGAAAGCAAGGAAGAUCAAUGGAUGGGGGUCACUGUCCAGAGUCAAGGUCCAGGGGGCAAAGUGGUGACAUGUGCUCAUCGAUAUGAAAAAAGGCAACAUGUUAACACAAAGCAGGAGUCUCGAGACAUCUUUGGGAGGUGUUAUGUCCUGAGUCAGAAUCUUAAAAUUGAAGAUGAUAUGGAUGGAGGAGACUGGAGUUUUUGUGAUGGCCGAUUAAGAGGCCAUGAAAAGUUUGGUUCUUGCCAGCAAGGUGUAGCAGCUACUUUUACUAAAGACUUUCAUUACAUUGUGUUUGGAGCCCCGGGUACUUAUAACUGGAAAGGGAUUGUUCGAGUAGAGCAAAAGAAUAACACUUUUUUUGACAUGAACAUCUUUGAAGAUGGGCCUUAUGAAGUUGGUGGAGAGACUGACCAUGAUGAAAGUCUCGUUCCUGUUCCUGCUAACAGUUAUUUAGGCCUGCUGUUUUUGACCAGCAUUUCCUAUACAGAUCCCGAUCAGUUUGUUUAUAAAACACGGCCUCCCAGGGAGCAGCCUGACACAUCCCCCGAUGUGAUGAUGAAUAGCUACCUAGGCUUUUCUUUGGACUCAGGGAAAGGUAUUGUUUCUAAAGAUGAGAUCACUUUUGUGUCUGGUGCACCAAGAGCCAAUCACAGUGGAGCUGUGGUUUUGCUAAAAAGAGACAUGAAGUCUGCACAUCUUCUCCCCGAGCACAUAUUUGAUGGAGAAGGUCUGGCCUCUUCAUUUGGCUAUGACGUGGCAGUGGUGGACCUCAACAAAGACGGGUGGCAAGAUAUAGUAAUUGGAGCCCCACAGUAUUUUGACAGAGAUGGAGAAGUUGGAGGUGCAGUGUAUGUCUACAUUAACCAGCAAGGCAGAUGGAAUAAUGUCAAGCCAAUUCGUCUUAAUGGAACCAAAGAUUCUAUGUUUGGCAUUGCAGUAAAAAAUAUUGGAGAUAUUAAUCAAGAUGGCUAUCCAGAUAUUGCAGUUGGAGCUCCCUAUGAUGAUUUGGGGAAGGUUUUUAUCUAUCAUGGAUCCGCAAAUGGAAUAAAUACCAAACCAACACAGGUUCUUGAGGGUACAACACCUUCUUUUGGAUAUUCAAUUGCUGGAAAUAUGGAUCUUGAUAGAAAUUCCUAUCCUGAUGUUGCUGUUGGUUCCCUCUCAGAUUCAGUAGCUAUUUUCAGGUCCCGGCCUGUGAUUAACAUUGCGAAAACUAUCACAGUAACUCCUAGCAGAAUUGACCUCCGCCAAAAAACAGCAUGCGGUGCGCCAAGUGGAAUAUGCCUCAAGGUUAAAGCCUGUUUUGAAUAUACUGCCAAACCCGCUGGUUAUAAUCCUUCAAUAUCAAUUGUGGGCACCCUGGAAGCUGAAAAAGAAAGAAGGAAAUCUGGGCUGUCAUCCAGAGUUCAGUUUCGAAACCAAGCUACUGAGCCCAAGUACACUCAAGAACUGACUCUGAACAGGCAGAAGCAGCGGAUUUGCAUGGAGGAAACCCUCUGGCUGCAGGAAAACAUCAGAGACAAACUGCGCCCCAUCCCCAUAACUGCUUCCGUGGAGAUCCAGGAGCCCAGCUCUCGCAGGCGAGUGAAUUCACUACCAGAAGUUCUUCCAAUCUUGAAUUCAAACGAACCCAAGAUGGCCCACACAGAUGUGCACUUCUUAAAAGAGGGAUGUGGAGAUGACAACGUAUGUAACAGCAACCUUAAACUAGAAUAUAAAUUUUGUACCCGAGAAGGAAAUCAAGACAAAUUUUCUUACCUUCCAAUUCAAAAAGGCAUACCAGAGCUAGUUUUAAAAGAUCAGAAAGAUAUUGCUUUGGAAAUAACAGUGACAAAUAGCCCUUCCAACCCAAGAGAUCCCACAAAAGAUGGUGAUGAUGCCCACGAAGCCAAACUCAUUGCAACGUUUCCGGACACUUUGACCUAUUCUGCUUAUAGAGAGCUGAGGGCUUUCCCUGAGAAACAGUUGAGUUGUGUUGCCAACCAGAAUGGUUCCCAAGCUGACUGUGAGCUCGGAAAUCCUUUUAAAAGAAAUUCCAGUGUUACUUUUUACUUGAUUUUAAGUACAACUGAGGUCACCUUUGACACCACAGAUCUGGACAUUAACCUGCAGUUGGAGACAACGAGCAAUCAAGAUAAUUUGGCUUCAAUUACAGCUAAAGCAAAAGUGGUUAUUGAACUGCUUUUAUCGGUCUCUGGAGUUGCUAAACCUUCCCAGGUGUAUUUUGGAGGUACAGUUGUCGGGGAGCAAGCUAUGAAAUCUGAAGAUGAAGUAGGAAGUUUGAUAGAGUAUGAAUUCAGGGUGAUUAAUUUAGGUAAACCUCUUAAAAACCUCGGCACGGCAACCUUGAAUAUUCAGUGGCCAAAAGAAAUUAGCAAUGGCAAAUGGUUGCUUUAUUUGGUGAAAGUAGAAUCCAAAGGAUUGGAAAAGAUAGUGUGUGAGCCACAAAGUGAAAUAAACCUCCUGAACCUAAAGGAGUCUCACAACUCAAGAAAAAAGCGGGCAAUUGCUGAAAAACAGAUUGAUGAUAGCAGAAAAUUUUCUCUAUUUGCUGAAAGAAAAUACCAGACCCUGAACUGUAGUGUGAACGUGAGGUGUGUGAACAUCAGGUGUCCUCUGCGUGGGCUGGACAGCAAGGCCUCCCUUGUUUUGCGCUCAAGGUUAUGGAACAGCACAUUUCUAGAGGAAUAUUCCAAACUGAACUACUUGGACAUUCUUGUGCGAGCUUCUAUUGAUGUGACUGAUGCCGCAGAGAAUAUCAAGCUGCCAAAUGCAGGCACCCAGGUUCGUGUGACUGUGUUUCCCUCAAAAACUGCAGCUCAGUACUCCGGAGUACCUUGGUGGAUCAUUCUCGUUGCUAUUCUUGCUGGGAUUUUGAUGCUUGCUCUAUUAGUGUUUUUACUAUGGAAGUGUGGAUUCUUUAAGCGCUCUAGGUACGAUGAUAGCGUUCCCCGAUACCAUGCUGUAAGGAUCCGUAAAGAAGAGCGAGAGAUCAAAGAUGAAAAAUACAAUGAUAACCUUGAAAAAAAACAGUGGGUCACAAAGUGGAAUGAAAAUGAAAGUUAUUCCUAGGGGACCAGAAAAGCUUCACAGUACCCAAAAUGCUUUUUGGUUUAUUUGUUGUUUUUUUUUUUUCCCAACUCAAAUACAAAUGGAUUUAAGAGCCUGUUCAGUACCUGAGGAUUAAUUUCAGACUGACUACACACAGUACGAACCUACAGUUUUCACUGUGGAUAUUGUUACACAGCCUAAAGCUUCUGUUUUGCACAGCCAAAUUUAAGACUAUUGAAAUGGAUCUUUCUUUAACUGCCUUAAUUUAACUUUCUGGGUUGCCUUUGUUUUUGGUGUGACUGACCCACACGCUCUGGGGACGGGCCUGCCCAGGUGCACUCAGGCAACAUCCUCCUGGUAGCACCCACAUUCACCUGCGCUAACAGAAUGGCCGUCCUAGCCUGCUGCUGUGAGUAUCCUUCCUGUAGGAUCAGAGGACCUGCAAGUUAAGUGUCCUGCAGCACAAGACUCUGCCAUCAAGGCAGCUGUGUCUCAGUUUCAAGUGCUGUCUAAAGUUAAGUGUGCAAUAGAAGGUGAUGUUGCCAUCCUACUCUCUCUGUCCAUUCCCUAGAUGUGACGCCUUGCUCACACCAAGUGCACACAGGUUCCCUUCUCCCUUUUCACUAAAACACACAGGUGCAACAGACUUGAAUGCUAGUGAUACUUGUUUGUAUGUGAUAUUUAUUUUUUUCUUUAAACCAUUUUGUUAUUGACUAACAAGCCAAAGAUCCUUCAGGUUGAUUUAAACAAUCAGAAUUGGAACAUGGGAGAUCAUUGAUUGACCCAAGUUAUUUCUUGCAAAAAGAAAAUAAUCCUUUAUAAAAUAUACCAGAGAGUUGUUUUAAUAACUUAUCUGUAAAUUAUGACAUCUCCUUCAUGACAGCUUCUCCCCCCCAACACAAAAAGUUUAAGAAAAAACAAUCAAGAUGUUUGAUGUAACAAAGAUGUUUAAUUCUUACCUGACACCUGAUAUUAUUAUUAUUUUUAGUUUAGAGCCCUGUGUGAUAUUUCUGAAUUUAGUGCUAUAACUUUCAGGAACUUUGUGGAGAAAAUGAGUUUGUUCAUUGAACUCUAGGGCUUGUUUACUCACUGCUGCAAAUACUGUAUAUUCAGGACUUGAACUAAUCGGUGAGUGCCUAUGGUGGAUCCAGACCGAUCCAGUGUAAGACUACUGAAUGAGUAUCUGCUACCCAAAUGGUGACCCAGUCAGAUGGAACAUCAUGGCUGUAAGCUUUUUAAAUGUUAUUGGAACCAUUUAAUUAGUGAGUCGGUGUUCUAUAUUUCGUGUCCUUCCCUAUCAAAAUUUCCAAGAUGACUUUGGAACUAUUUUAAGAAGAUCUUCAGAUUGUUUAAUUGUAAAAGCUGGCUGGGGUGGGAAGGAAAGACAGCAAUGACUCUAGACAUUCAAUAGAGAUUGAAUAUAUAUGAAAGUGGAAUUUUAAACAAAAUUCUCUGCUUUAAAAUGUUAAAGUUAUAUGGGGAGCAAGAGCAAACAGGUGCUAAUUCAUUUGGCGAUAGCAUAAGCAGUGUUUCAAUCUUUUAAGAGAACAAAAUACAGCUAUAUAUGCCAUUGUUGCUUUGGAGUUUUAAUUUUUUUUUCAUAAAUAUUGUACCCUGAAGAUACUAAGAACUUUAUUCUGGUUGUACUUGGAAUUUUCAUUCAUAAAAAUUUUAUAAAUGAUGUUUUAUUUACAAAAAUUUCUCUAAAACAGAUCAUAACAGUGUUUUAAGUCUCAGUUUCUUAUUUGGAUAACAUGGAGCCUAAUAGACACAUUGGCUUUAUAGGAUAUUAAUCCAAUAUUUUGACGGUGUUUUUAAACAUUGUUAUGAAAAUGAAUGUCCUAAAAAGAAGGGUGGGAGGGUAGUUCAAAAACAAAACAAGAAUGUUUGUGGUGUUUAAAUUUAUAGUUGUUAAAAAUGUCAUCUCAAGUCAAGUCACUGGUCUGUUUGCAUUUGAUACGUUUUUAUACUAACUAUCAUUGUAAAAUUAUUUCAUGAUUAGAAAAUACCUGUGGAUAUUUGUAUAAAAGUGUGAAAUAAAUUUUUUAUGAAAAUGUUCA